GGGGAGAGGGCUGCAGUGGAGGACGUGAGGGAGGUGGAGAGGAGGAGGGUGACAGAGAAGAGAACUGUGGAGGUUUCAACUCAGCCGACAGCUCUCAGCGAUGUGGGCUGAAACGUAAAAGUGAGGAGCUGGAUAACCGAGGGAGCACCAUGCAGAUUGUGGAGGAACUGUCAAUGUUGCCUGCCAUGAUGCAAACGACGAAUGUGGGGAACGCAACCAUGACUGCGCCUGCGGCCGUGGGGGCUGGAGGCGGCCCCUCCAAACAUGGGGUAGGUGCAGCAGGAGGAGGGGACGGGGACUACCAGGUGGUGCAGCAUGAAGUCCUCUGUUCCAUGAAGAAUACUUAUGAAGUGCUGGAUUUUUUGGGACGUGGCACGUUUGGCCAGGUUGUAAAGUGCUGGAAGAGGGGCACGGGGGAGGUGGUGGCGGUGAAGAUCCUGAAGAACCACCCUUCAUAUGCACGGCAGGGUCAGAUCGAAGUCGGAAUCCUCGCUCGUCUCAGUGGGGAGAAUGCGGACGAGCACAACCUGGUGCGGGCCUUUGAAUGUUUCCAGCACCGCAGCCACACCUGCCUGGUGUUUGAGAUGCUUGAGCAGAACCUGUACGAUUUCCUGAAGCAGAACAAGUUCAGCCCGCUGCCCCUGAAAGUGAUCAGACCUGUGCUACAGCAGGUAGCCACAGCUCUGAAAAAGCUAAAGAGCAUGGGUCUGAUUCAUGCCGACCUCAAGCCGGAGAACAUCAUGCUGGUGGACCCAGUGAGGCAGCCCUACAGGGUGAAGGUGAUAGACUUCGGCUCUGCCAGUCAUGUGUCCAAGGCAGUGUGCUCCACGUACCUCCAGUCUCGGUACUAUAGGGCUCCAGAGAUUAUUUUGGGAUUGCCGUUUAGUGAAGCCAUAGACAUGUGGUCCCUCGGCUGUGUGGUAGCUGAACUUUUUCUGGGCUGGCCCCUUUACCCCGGGGCCCUGGAGUACGACCAGAUGCGCUACAUUUCGCAGACACAAGGUUUGCCAGGGGAACAUUUACUGAAUGUGGGGACAAAGACAUCACGGUUCUUUUGCAGAGAGUCUGACUCCACCUAUGCGGCACGGAGACUCAAGUCAACAGAUGAGCAUGAGACGGAGACGGGAAUGAAAUCAAAGGAGGCCAGGAAGUACAUCUUCAGCUGUUUGGAUGACAUAGCGCAUGUGAACUUGGUGAUGAAUCUGGAAGGUAGUGACUUGUUGGUGGAGAAGGCAGACCGUAGGGAGUUUGUGGGCCUGCUGAAGAAGAUGUUGUUGAUCGAUGCCGAAGAGAGGAUCUCCCCCGCUGAGGCUCUCAGCCACCCCUUUGUGACAAUGCAACACCUGCUCGACUUUCCCCAUAGCAACCAUGUGAAGUCAUGUUUCCACGUCAUGGAUGUUUGCUGGACUCGCCCCAGUGCAUAUGAGGCGGUCAACAGAAAUAAAGUUCCUUUCAUCAGACCUCUGACCACAACCGCUGCUGCCUCUGUCAACCACCCAUUCAGCAAUAUUCACACUCAAGGAUUAGCCCCAUCAGCCACGUCAAUAAUGCACCCUGGGAUACCACUGCAGACCGGGAAUGGUCAGUUUGGAUGCAAUGAUUCAUUUCAGCAGGCUCUGAUUCUAUGUCCCCCAACCAUACAAGGUAUCCCCACCAACACAGCUAAACCAUCAGGCUACUCUGUUCGAAUGGAGGCUUCUGUGCCUCCAUUCAGUCAAGCACCCCCCAUCCAGCCCAUACAAAUCAGACCUGGAGUCAUCACACAGGCCUGGCCCAGCCGUGCACAGCAGAUCUUGCUGCCCACUUGGCAGCAGGUGACAUCAGUGCCCCCCCCACCAACCACUUUGGCAUCCGACUCUGUGGCGGGCUCACAAAGACUGGGUGACUGGGGGAAAGUGCGUCCCCAUGGUAACCAUUACAGCUCCAUGAUUGCACACCCUCAGCCAUUCUUAACCAACCAAAUGACCAUGUCCACCCACCACCACCAGCCAAUCAACAUAGGCAUUGCACAUGUGGUGUGGCCACAGCCAGCUGCCAACAAGAGAGCCAAGCCCUGUGUGAACAGGUACAACAUGGGCAGCAACUACUCCCAAAACACGAACGUCCAAAAUGUAGCAUGCCAGUCCCCAAAGAUGGCCGAUACAGCAAAGAAUGCGCAGCAGGUAGAAGCGAGGUGCCCGGCGGAAGGGCGCACUGCUGAAGAGGAGCAAAGGACCGACAGGCGGGCGGGGGGGAACUUCUGUAAAGUGGAGCCAGACUGUGAGGAGCUCUCAGUUUCGCAGGAGCAGCGGCAGGCCAUGGUGAUCUCUGACCUCGCCAGCCCGACUGUUAGUGUCAUCAGUAUCAGCAGCGACGACGAAGAGAGCGCACAAAGACACUCGAUGGGGGAGUGUAAGGGUAGUGCAGACUGUGAGGCGUGUCAGAGCACCGUCAGUAUGGAGAGAGUGUGUUCCCUCAGCAGUCCUGACAGCACGCUCAGCACCAGCUCCUCCGCCUCAGCCCAGUCCAGCACCUCCCCCUGCAAACACCCAAACAGUAUGUCCGAUGACGAACAGGAGAGUGGUUGUGACACGGUGGACAGCUCGCCCACAUCAGACGCCUCUGGCCAUAGCAACAGUCCCUUCACACAGCGACGCUUCAUCGCCGACAGCAACCAGAACUGCGAGCCCCGUGUGGCGUGCAUCGCCCCGGUGACAGAGCCCAGCAAGCCAGCAGUUCGUACUGUUGUGGUGCCUCCAAUGAGAGUGCAGAACAACAAUAACUACUACCCUGCUGUCAGUGAGACAUACGGCAACACAGGUCACAUGGCCUGGGAUUACGUUGUCUUUGUAGGCCGCAGAGGUUCUCACAGUCUUAGAGUCGUCAUGCCAGUCCAGAGGGCGAGGCCACCCUGGGCGCCAGCAUCUCCACUCCACUCCCCUCCUCAACCGGCCGCAGAAGAUCCCCCCUGCAUUCCAGCCCCAGCAACAGCAGCCUAUAGGCUUUGGGCAGGUGCAGCAUUUCGGUUCCUGCCACCAGGAAUGGAAUGGCAACUUCGCCCACCGGAGACCACAGGCCUAUAUCCCCCCCACCAUGCAUGGGCACACAUUCACCCUGUCCCACAGCAGCCCAAACCACAAUACGGGGCCCCACCCCCACCUUGGGGGACACCCACACACCCAGCCCACCUUACUGUCUUACCCCCCGUCUGGCCCUCUGGUCACGGCUGCGCCCGUGGCCCACCUGCUGGCGUCCCCUGUAGCCUCCCGCCCCAUCAUGCAGCCCACCUACAGCAUCUCCCACCCGGCAGGCAUCGUGCAUCAGGUCACUGUGGGCAUCAACACCCGACUGCUGCCCUCCCCCACCUUGCACCCCCAGGGCCAAUUCAAGCCUCUCUUCCCCCCGCACUCCUACAUCGCCUCGCCCGCAUACGCCAGUUUCCCCCUCAGUCCCACCAAAAUCAACCAGUACCCCUACAUGUGAGCGGGGCUGCCCAGGUACCCUUUAUACCACCUGAGGGCUAGGGUUAUCUUAAACAACAUGGGUUUCAUUUCCAAAACCAUGGCACAACCACAAAGAGAGCAAGCUAUUUUUUGAAACAUGUAGACUUGGGUGUAAUUGAACUUCGAGCUUUAAAAAAAGAAAAAAAAGGAAAAGAGUUCCAAUGGUGGAGAGUGAUUUGGGCAAAAAUUAAGAAGGAAACAAUGUAUGAAUGAUCGAAUGAAAGAAUGAAUGAGUAGUAAACUCACACUUAAUGUGUUUUGCACAUUUGAUAUAUAUCUUUGCAUUGGAUCUUCUACGAAUACUCCUCAAAACAGGUAAAAUAAUUGGGGUGGUGUUAAAUAGUUAGACUUUGCACCCCUGAUCCCAGCUAUUUUUCUAUAUUGCCUUCUUACGUGUGCAAGACACAUCCAUAUUUGUAAAGCCAUCCCAGUCUCUAGUUCUAGAUCGACACAGAUGCACACGUCGUCCACAGUGUAUGUUGUACUGCGUUUGAAGUAUUUGUACCUUUACGGUGUCUUUUGGUGUUAGCAAUGUCAAGUAAAUUAACCGAUUUAUAUAGGGUUGUUCCUCACGCUGCAUGUGGUCUUGCAUGAGCAAAAAUGUAAACGGAAAGAAGCAUAAACGUUGCUCUUAUUGUUUGUGUCACAAGACUCGCUGCAUUGUAUAACUGUCCCCAGCCAUAGUGCCUUACAUAUUUGGGGUUUUUAAUGUUACUACUUAUAUAUGACUAUAUACAUGAUUAUUAAUGUACUGGACUGCAGCACUUGAAAUUCCAAUCAGUCGAUGCAUCCUAUGUGUGAGUAUAUAUAUGCACACGUGUAUAUGUCCAUGCAUAGCCUGCAUGGAUGUGAUGUAUCGCGGAUAGCGGUGCGUAUCUUUUGGACUCGGUGUGUAUCUCAGCGUGUAGUGAGUUACCUUUCUGUUCUUACAAGAAGAGCAGCAUGCUUUGCUGUUGCGAAUGCUUAACGUUUCAUUAAAACCGUUUUUCUCUUCGUUCUCCCUUUUCCUCAAAUGAA